UAAGGCGCCACAACUCAAGGUAUGCCCUCGCUGUCCGCGUGGGACCAGCAGCGCGCUGUGCUGACGCGGCUGGCCCUGCUGCCGUGCCUUGACUUUUUCAACCCACCACCUGCGCCCAUAUAAACCGCGGCGCAGCGCUACUCUGCUCGUCAUCUCAUCCCCCUCCGCUCGCCAAAUCCUGCACCCACCAGACCCGACCGCCAGGAUGCUCAUGACCGCCGCCGCCGUCCAAAUGGACUCCGCCCACGGUCACGGGCCGCUACCCUCCUCCUCCACCUCGCCGCCGCCGCCAUGGCUCCCCGUCCUUGCCGACCGUCACCAGCUCCUCCGUGAAUUCACGGCCUCCUCCGCUCCCUCCACGACGCCCGCCACCGCCGCGCCGCCGAACCACCACCACCUCCGCACCGCCGCUACUGCAACCCGGCGCGUGGCCAAGCGCCGCCCGCGCCCGUCGCGGAAGCUGCCAACCACCUACAUCACCGCCGAUCCCGCCAGCUUCCGCCGCAUGGUGCACCAGGUCACCGGCGCCGACGACCUGCUGCCUGUGCCUCCGGAAGCCCUCUGCCGCCCGGCGCCCUACCGCGCUGGUGCCGCCGGCCCGGCCGGCGCGCUGAUGCUGCCCACGCUCGACACGUCGGCGUUCCUGCUCGGCGCGCCCGGAGUGGCCGCGCCAGCAGUGGAUCGGGCGGAGGCCGGUGGACCAGCUGGAGUGGCUUGCAACUACAGCAGCAGCUGCGGUGGCUUCCCGACCUUGGAUUCCUGGGAUGCUCUCUUCUAGCUAGUCGUUAGCGUCCAUCCAUCUCUCUCUGCCCUGAACGCGCGGUGGUGUUUCUGCCAGCGUGAGCUAGAGGCGAAACAGAGACGAUGAUGUCAUGGUGAUGACAUCCACCGACAAGCAUGCAAUUUCUUUGAUCAGUCUCGCUUGUUAACAUGAGCUUGUUGCAGAAGUAAGCAUCAUCAGUGUGUAGUUGGCAAUUGCUCAUUAAUUUGGUGAUCGAUUCUCCUCAGCUAGUAUGUGCCGCUUGGCACUUCUCCGAAUCCUUUCUCUCUGCCUCAAAAUGGGAAGAAGAAAACACGACGAGGAGCAGCUCUCGUUUGGUUGCCUGCUUCCAUUUCCAUCCUCA